CGAGCGGGCGGCUGGCCGGCGGCCAGGCCGUGGACACGGGAAUGUGGCCGCUGCUGGAGACCGUGACGUCGCUGUGUGGGUGCGGCCACAACCAGAGCGUCCUCGGCUCUCAGCGAGCUGUAUGGCUGCCGCCCCCUCCUGCUGUUUGGAGGCGGAGACCCGGCUCACAGGGAGGAGCAGCCGCUGCACAGCAGCAGCCAGAGACUGAAGACCCGAGAAAGAGGGGAAACAAAGAGCGAGCACCCCGGGGAGAGAAGCGACCGGCAGCGGAGACUGGCACUCCGGCUGCGGGGAGUGGUGCCCCAUGAAAGCCCGCACCCAGAUGUAUUGUCUCCUGCCUGUAGUGAAAGAAUGCACAGUCCUAUGAAAACCAGAUGCAGUGAUGAGAGGACUUGACUUUCUGAACCAUCUGAAAAGUAUUACUCUUGGACAUAGGCAAAAUAUUACCAUUCCUCUAUGAGCUGGGUCUUUUAAGUGCUUACUUCUAAAAUGGGGACAAAUGCAUGCAAAAUAUUAAACAUGGUGCACCUGGAAAUUGACAUUUACUGGAACCAUUGAAUUCACCCUGCAUUUCUCUUCCCUAUCUUGUUUGGGAUAUGUCACUACUGGAAUUCUGUUCUAUUUUUUGCCCCAAGGCUUAUUUGGUUUCAAAUGUUGAAGUAACACAAGUUUGUGUGAGUGCUCAAAUUCCCGUUCAGUAGCUACAAUGGCUCAGACAAGUUUGCUGCAGGGAAAACCAUUUUACUGCAGGGAAUGGAUCUUCCACAAGCUCCAGCACUGUUUGCAGGAAAAAACAAACUGCAGCGCCACUACGGCAACAAAACUGUCACUGGUGGCAAACUCUGGCAGCAAUGGAGGUAGCACCGGCAAAGGAACAUCAUGGGGCUUACUGUUUGUUGGGGGCCCUGGAAGUGGAAAGACGGCUCUUUGUACAGAAUUGUUAUGGCCCAGUUCACCUGCAGGCUUACAAAGAGGCUUGCACAUCCAGGUUUUGGCUUUCCAUUUUUGCAGGGCACAAGACUCUGAUACGCUAUGUGUGGGAAACUUCAUCAGGACACUGGUUGAACAGAUUAGUCAAGGAGGGCUGAUGCCAGGAUAUGAGGACACGUUAAAUGACCCUUCAGUUCAAAAACUUUUACAGCCUGGAGAAUGUGAACGAAAUUCAUCAGAGGCCUUUAAAAGGUGUGUUCUUCUUCCUCUGCUGGCCAUGAAAGCUCCUCCUCAGAGUCUCUUACUGGUUGUUGAUUCAGUGGAUGAAGGAUGCAAUGUUACUGAAGGAGAACACCGGCCAUCUGGUUUAUCUGGAACUAUAGCAGAUCUUUUAGCAACUCACCAUGAGUUUUUUCCUCCGUGGCUCUUACUCGUCUGUUCAGCCCGCAAGCAGAGCAGGACAGUCACAAAAAUGUUUACGGGUUUCCGAAAGAUAAGUCUGGAUGAUCUCCGAAAAGCUUACAUUGUUAAAGAUGUUCAACAAUAUAUUCUACAUCGAUUGGACCAGGAAGAAGCGCUGAGACAGCAUUUAACGAAAGAAACUGCAGAGAUGUUAAACCAACUUCACAUUAAAAGCAGUGGAUGUUUUCUUUACCUGGAACGUGUAUUAGAUGGUGUAGUAGAGAAUUUCAUCAUGCUCCGUGAGAUAAGAGAUAUCCCUGGAACCUUGAAUGGUCUAUACCUCUGGCUGUGUCAGAGGUUGUUUGUGAGAAAACAAUUUGCAAAGGUCCAGCCAAUUUUAAAUGCUAUACUGGCAGCUUGCAGGCCACUUACAACUAUUGAACUGUUCCAUGCGGUUUGGACCAAAAACAUGUCGUUAACAAUGGAAGACUUUCAGCGGAAGUUAGAUGUUUUAUCAAAAAUCCUGGUUGAUGGGUUAGGGAAUACCAAAAUCCUGUUCCAUUACAGUUUUGCAGAAUGGUUGCUUGAUGUAAAGCAUUGCACUCAGAAAUACUUGUGCAAUGCAGCAGAGGGACAUCGAAUGCUUGCAAUGAGUUACACAUGUCGAGCAAAAGAACUGACACCAGUAGAGGUUCAGGAGUUUGGAUUACAUCUAAUACAUUCAAACCUGCAGUUAACAAACUCUGAAUUGGCUUUGUGGAUGAUUUGGAAUGGAACAUGUGUAAAAGACUCCUUGUGUACAGUAAUACCAAAGGAACAAGAGGUGCUACAGUUGCUAGUAAAGGCAGGAGCUCACGUUGACAGUGACGAUGAUCGAACAUGUUGCAUUGUACGACAAGCCUUGGAAAGAGAAGAUUCAAUCCGCACACUUCUUGAUAAUGGAGCAUCUGUAAAUCAAUGUGAUUCAAAUGGAAGAACUCUGUUGGCCAAUGCUGCUUACAGUGGUAAUCUUGAUGUGGUCAAUUUACUUGUUUCAAGAGGAUCUAAUCUUGAAAUAGAAGAUGCCAAUGGACAAACAGCACUUACUUUGGCUGCCCGCCAAGGACAUGUAAAAGUUGUCAAUUGUUUAAUUGGAUGUGGCACAAACAUAAACCAUUGUGAUCAUGAUGGCUGGACUGCACUAAGAUCUGCCGCAUGGGGUGGGCACACUGAAGUUGUUUCUGCACUUUUGUAUGCUGGGGCCAAAGUAGAUUGUGCAGACGCAGAUAGUCGAACAGCUUUAAGAGCGGCAGCAUGGGGUGGACAUGAAGAUAUUGUACUGAAUUUGCUACAGCAUGGAGCAGAAGUUAAUAAAGCUGACAAUGAAGGUAGAACUGCUCUGAUUGCCGCAGCAUACAUGGGGCAUAGAGAAAUUGUAGAACAUCUUUUAAAUCAUGGUGCAGAAGUCAAUCAUGAAGAUGUGGAUGGGCGAACAGCUUUAUCUGUCGCCGCACUUUGUGUUCCUGCAAGUAAGGGGCAUGCAUCAGUAGUCAGUCUCCUGAUGGAGCGGGGAGCAGAAGUAGAUCACAGUGAUAAAGAUGGAAUGACUCCACUACUUGUUGCUGCUUAUGAAGGACAUGUUGAUGUUGUUGACUUGCUCCUUGAAGGUGGUGCAGAUGUUGAUCACACUGAUAAUAAUGGGCGUACACCCCUCCUAGCCGCAGCAUCUAUGGGGCAUGCAUCGGUUGUCAACACACUACUUUUUUGGGGUGCUGCAGUAGAUAGCAUUGAUAGCGAAGGCCGAACUGUUCUUAGUAUAUCUUCAGCUCAAGGAAAUGUUGAAGUGGUAAGAACACUUCUGGACAGAGGACUAGAUGAAAACCAUAGAGAUGAUGCUGGGUGGACUCCACUACAUAUGGCUGCUUUUGAGGGCCACAGAUUGAUAUGUGAAGCACUGAUUGAACAAGGUGCUCGAACAAAUGAAAUUGAUAAUGAUGGGCGAAUUCCUUUAGUGCUAGCUGCACAAGAAGGACACUAUGAUUGUGUCCAAUUACUUUUGGAUAAUAAGUCUGCAGUUGAUCAAAAGGGAUAUGAUGGAAGGAAUGCUUUACGUGUUGCCUCUUUGGAAGGGCAUAGAGACAUAGUUGAGUUGCUUUUCAGUAAUGGUGCUGACAUCAAUUCCAAAGAUGCUGAUGGACGACCAACACUUUAUAUAUUAGCACUAGAAAAUCAGUUAACAAUGGCUGAAUAUUUUUUAGAGAAUGGAGCAAACGUAGAAGCUAGUGAUUCUGAAGGCAGAACAGCUCUCCAUGUUUCCUGCUGGCAGGGACAUUUAGAGAUGGUUCAGUCCCUCAUAUCCUCUCGGGCAGAUGUCAAUGGAUCGGACAAUGAAAAACGUUCUGCGUUACAGUCUGCUGCCUGGCAAGGGCAUGUGAAAGUGGUUCAACUUUUAAUUGAGAAUGGUGCCCUUGUUGAUCAUACAUGUAACCAAGGGGCUACUGCACUUUGUAUUGCAGCGCAGGAAGGGCACAGCGAUGUUGUCCAAGUAUUAUUAGAGCACGGUGGAGACCCAAAUCAUGCAGACCAAUUUGGAAGAACAGCUAUGCGUGUUGCAGCUAAAAACGGGCAUUCUCAAAUAAUUAAACUGCUUGAGAAAUAUGGAGCCUCAACACUCAAUGGAUGUAGUCCUUCUCCUGUUCACACAAUGGAGCAAAAAUCCUUAAAUCCUUUAUCUACAAAAGUACAAUCUUUAACAAUUAAAUCAAACAGCUCAUCCAGCACAGGAGGUGGUGAUUUGCAUCCUACAAUGCGUGGCUUAUCCAAUGGGCCUUCUCAUGCUUUUAGUUCUCCAUCAGAAUCUCCAGAUUCUACAGUGGACAGACAUAAGUCAUCACUGUCAAAUAAUUCCCUCAAAAGUUCUAAAAAUUCUUCAAUUCGUACGACCUCGUCUACAGCAACUGCUCAAACUGUGCCUAUUGAUAGUUUUCAUUGCCUUUCUUUUACAGAACAAAUUCAACAACAUUCACUACCACGCAGCAGAAGUAGACAGUCAAUAGUAUCUCCUUCUUCAACAACUCGCUCUUUAGGACAGAAUAAUUCACCAACAAGCGAAUUUGAAUGGAGCCAAGUGAAGCCUAGCUUAAAAUCAACAAAAACUAACAAAGGGGGUAAAGGAGAAAUAUCAAACAAAUCUAGUUCUGUAACAAAGAAAACCAAACAAAGUAGCUGUUCCCAGUCUAAGGUUUUAGAGUAUGAAAUGACUCAGUUUGACAAAAGAGUACAUGUUCCAAGUUCUGUAACUGGGGUGAAUGUACCGUUAAAGCAAAUCCCUGCAGACACUUCAAAGAUCCAUAUUCCUUCAGUGCAGCAGGAAGUCGGUCGAUCUCAACAGCAGUUUCUAAUUCAACAACAAAGUGCAGAACAGAAGAGAAGGAAUGGGAUUAUGACCAAUCCCAAUUAUCACCUUCAAGGAAAUCAGGUUUUUCUCGGUAGAGUUUCGGUGCCACGUGCAGUACAAGGUCGCGGACAUCAGGAAGUUUUGGAUGGCUACCCAUCAACGGAAACAGAGUUAGGCCUUAAACAGUCACUUAAGCUUCAAAUUGAAGGAACGGACCCUAGCUUUAAUUACAAAAAGGAAACGCCACUUUAAUUGGUUGGAAAAGCACAAAGAUAUAACAUACUAGAGGAUA